GCCUGGGAUCGAGGCUAGUCAGCUUCUCCCUGGAUUUUUCCCAGGGGAUUCCCAAAGCCUAGACCUAUAUCUACACAUGUAGUUGGUUUGCUGUGAGCCUGUGAGUGUAGACUAUCCAUGCAUGCAAUGGCUGAUUCUGAUGAUAGUGACGACUGUCAUACGCGCACGCGUAGAAAACCCUAUCAUACUGUUGGAUUUGUUCCUAGACCCCCACCCCCACAUGAGGCUCAAGCAGCUUCACGGUACUCAACGACUGGCUCAAGACAAUCCAGACGAGUGUUUUAUACUCUAUCACUGAAUAAUGAAGAAACCCAACCACCAACAAUUGAAAGUUUCACUUCAGAACAACAAAAUGUAGGUGCAGAAAAUGUUUCGGGUCUGGGAACAGAAAUGUUUACUGCUGCAAUAGAUCCGCUCCCAGAAACUAGUCAAAUUAUGGAUCCUCACGACAGUUACCAUUACGAAAUCUCUGGAAAAGAAGCUGAAUUUAGGCUGAAAGCAUUCCAAACUCGAAGCUAUCUUACUCGCUACAGUGUCAAUCACAAGCAAUAUCUACUAUCCGUAUACCAACCAGUACUAAGAGGGAACGAAAUAAAGCAUGAGAUGAGAAACUUUGUGAUAACCUUCAAACACGAUGACAGGAAAAUCUACCAAAUAACCGACAGAGAAUUUGACAGCCUUGAAGAAAUGCUUGAAACCUAUGAGAGUGAGAAAGUUGACCAUUCUCUACCAAACAUUGGAAGAAUGGUCACUGAGGACGACUAUUUUGAAUUCAGGCAACAGCCGCAAGAACAACAAGAGAUAACAUUAGAGAAUUACAUUGGACAGAAAUUAGCACAACAACCAGUGCAGGGACUACCAGAAAACCCACCAGCUCCGAACCCACAAGAGCACCGGCCGAAUCCUCAACAUGUUCGGAAGCGAUGGCAUGAAUGUGUAUUCAUGUAAGUCUAAUCAAACUGAAUUAAUAGUUUGUGUUCUAGUAUACAUGCAGUGCAGUGUGUUGAAAAGCAUAAUAUUAUGUGUGUGAUACUAAUAAUAGGUUUAUUGAUAACAGAUUGGUUAUAUCGUUGCUUUGCUCUGUAUAGUUAAUUAUGAGUCACUGUCCACAACUUCUGAA